AGCAAGAUGAGCCUGCUGUCAGCCAUCGACACCAGCGCUGCCUCGGUCUACCAGCCGGCCCAGCUCCUCAACUGGGUCUACCUGUCCCUGCAGGACACGCACCAGGCGAGCGCCUUCGACGCCUUCCGGCCGGAGCCGGCCGGCGCCUCCCACCCGGAGCUGGGCUACGGCAAGGGCAGCCCCGAGCAGCUGGGCUCACCCCUCAACUCCAGCUAUCUCAACAGCUUCCUCCAGCUGCAGCGCGGAGAGGCCCUCAGCAGCAGCCUGUACAAGAGUGCAUCUCCCUAUGGCUCUCUCAACAACAUCGUGGAUGGGCUCAGCUCCCUCACCGAGCACUUCUCUGACUUGUCUCUCUCCUCUGAGGCCCGCAAGCCCAGCAAGAGGCCACCCCCCAAUUACCUUUGCCACCUCUGCUUCAACAAGGGCCACUACAUAAAAGAUUGCCCCCAGGCUCGCCCCAAAGGUGAGGGUCUGACUCCGUACCAGGGCAAGAAGCGUUGCUUUGGAGAAUACAAGUGCCCCAAGUGCAAAAGAAAAUGGAUGAGUGGGAACUCUUGGGCCAACAUGGGCCAAGAAUGUAUCAAGUGCCACAUCAAUGUGUAUCCUCACAAGCAGAGACCUUUGGAAAAACCAGAUGGCCUGGAUGUCUCUGAUCAAAGCAAAGAGCAUCCCCAGCACCUGUGUGAGAAGUGCAAAGUCUUGGGCUACUACUGCCGGCGAGUGCAAUAAAACCUCCCCGUGAUGGCGGGCCUUCCCAGCGCCCCUCAACCCGCAAAGCUUCUGGCGGCAGAGCAUCAUGUCCCCUACCCAAUCUGCGAGAGUCCUGACACAAGUGCAACCUCUGGGAAGAAAAGAAAAGACGUCACCAGUUAUCACCCAUCUAUAAAGGAGUAACAUGCCUUACCGUUAACAGAAUGUAACACUUGUUUGCGUGUGUGUGUGUGUGUGUGUGUCUGUGUCUGUGUCUGUGUUUUUCCUUCCUGUGUGUGUGUCUGUGCACGCCUGUUCACAUGCAAGACGUAUUUAUAGGAAUCUAAGUUUUUGUCUAGUGUUUAGGACACACAGUGUUACUGAAAGUGUUCCUGAUGGGACCGCCACCAGGCCAGGUGAGGGAGACAAGGGAUGGGGGCUGUCCCAUUAAUUGUUUACACGGUUUUUUCCAAUGUCCUGGCCAAGAGAGGCAAAGGAUUGGACCCUUGGUCCUUUUGGAUAUGAGGAAGAGCUGAGUAGGAGGCUCAGGGACAUUGGGGGGGUCAGUGAGUGUGGCCAAACCUCCAGACCCAUCCAACUUUCUGGGGUCAGCUGAGAUGAGCUGAAGGCUUGACUUCUGCCAGUUAUGGGGGUGAGGGAUGGUGGGAGAAGGCAUCUUUGUCUCUUCUGCCGGGCCUCUACUGCCACUGCCUUCCACUCACCCCCGACAGGGCAUGAACACGUGGUUCUUUUCUCAGGUUUCUCCCUGUCCAUUGGCCCCCUCUGGGUGUCCAGUUCAGCAUUAGGCCAUAAACGCACUAAAUUUACUGUGAAUAACAGGGAAACUGAAGGUAUCCUUUUUCUCCCCAAGCCUGGACAGAUACCCUGACUUUAUAAUCAUGUGAAAAGCCACUUUUAUGGGAAAAAAAAUUGUAUAUCUUAUUUUCUAUUCAAUAGAUGAGCUAUUAAUACAAGAAAACAUUUACCCACAUGUAGCAGAAGGGAAUGAGGGAAGUAGGAGAAAGCUCUGACAGGUGGAGUCCACACCUGCUCCCCAAAUACUCCUUUUCUUCCCGCCUCCAACCCUGAAACUCCCCGAUAUGUUGCCAGUGUGCAUUUAGGGUUGGGAAAGGGGCAGCUCCCUGUCCAGAGGGAGAAGGCGAGGAAGGGAGAGUCGAAAACUAUAGCAAAAACACCAACCAAGUACCUUAAAGUAUCAGGUGAGCUCUUGGGUAGCCAGGCUUUGAUUGGCGAUUGGCCCGCAGCUGGUCCGGCCAUCGUUCCUCUUCCUUUGGACUUUUUUUUUUUCUUCUAAUCUCUGCUCCCUUUCAGUCCUCUGUCCUCAUCAUUUCCCUCUGUGGAAUGCCCCAGGGAGGGAGUGUCCGUAGCACUAAAUCACAGCCCAUCAUUCAAACAGAUUUUUUGAGAUUCUAACAGCCUCUGAAGGAGUUGCUUCCCAGCCCAAACAGCCAGAGGCUCUGUCCUCUGGAAAUGAAAGCAGGGCAGGGAGAGGGACAAUAUAAAACUUCAAAGAGUUUACCCUUAGGUCCUUAAGAAUGACUGACCAGGGAACUGAUCCCCUGCCCACACCUGCUUUUCCUUCCUCAAUGGGUCCUUUCUAAGAAGAAAGUCAGGCUUUUGGUGGCUGUGAUUUUUCCCUCUCAUCGAUGUCCUUUGGAGAGCCCAUGACAAAGAGAUUAGGAUGAAGCGCUCUAGUCCUUCAUCACCGUCACGUCCCUUUCCCUCCAUCCCUCCCCCUCUCAUGGCUCUUCCAGUGUUGUCUGGUAACCCUGACAUACCACUGUGCCUCUCUCUGUGCCAUAGGCUUCCCUCUCUGUAAAUGGGAACGGUGGUUUUCCUACUUCCCAGGAGAGCAGAGAAGCCUUGCAAAUGAACACUAGUCAGGCAUCCGGCUGUCUUGGAGACAGCCGGUGCACGCUUUCCCUUGGGGCAACGAAACUGUAUUUAUAUUCUAUGAUUUUCUUUCUUGGUGAUGGCCAUAUAUUCAGAAUUAGCUCACUCGGUUUGCCCCUGGGCAUUCAGCCUUUGCUGAAGAACAAAACCAAUCAGACCAAGGAAUGAGACUGAAAACUCUGUGUUUACCACGGGUAGUGGCUCACCCAGAUUAGGCCUGAAAAGAAUCUGUUUUCAAGUAGAAAUGCAUUUGUAGCUGGCUGACAGGUUACAGUUAGGUGUUUAACUGGGGAGCCAGGUCACGAGAGAGGGUGUGUGUAUGCAUGCAGCAAGGAGGAGGAGCAGGUUAGACUGAAGGUCGUGGAUGCCCCUUGAGCACUUAAUAAAAUAUUAGCAACAGCCUGGUGGUGGGAGUGGCUGACUUGGAGUAGGAAAGACUUAGGUUCGAAUCUCACCUCAGACACUUACUAGCUGAGAGACACUGGGCAAGUCACUUAACCUCUGUUUGACUCAGUUUCC